AUGGUGAAUAACGAAAAUGGAGAAAUAGCUUCUGCAGCUUGUAGUAAACUCUCUGGCUAUGAUUUUUAUCAACGAAUUUUGGGAUCUCCUCGUUAUGUGGUAGCUCCAAUGGUGGACCAGAGUGAAUUGGCGUGGCGUAUGCUAUGUAGACGGUACGGUGCAGAAUUAUGCUAUUCACCCAUGUAUCAUGCGAAUCUCUUUGCCAAUGACGUUAAAUAUCGUAAAGAUGCGCUACAGACCUGUGCAGAGGAUAGACCAUUGAUAAUACAAUUCUGCGGUAAUGACUCGCAACAGAUUUUGGAGGCUGCUCUACUUGCUCAGGGACACUGUGAUGCCAUUGACAUUAAUUUGGGUUGCCCACAAGCAAUAGCCAAGAGGGGCCAUUAUGGAUCGUUUUUGCAGGAUGAAUGGGAACUGUUAGAGAAAAUUGUUAGCACUCUGCAUGAAAAACUUUCGAUACCCGUAACCUGCAAAAUACGCAUCUUUGAAGAUCGUGAGAAGACAAUCCGUUAUGCCAAAAUGUUGGAAGCAGCUGGCUGCCAACUGCUUACAGUUCAUGGUCGAACACGAGAGCAAAAGGGACCCUUGACUGGAGUUGCUGAUUGGAGUUAUAUUCGAUCUGUGAGAAAGGAAAUCAAAAUACCCAUGUUUGCCAAUGGCAAUAUCUUAGGUCUCGAAGAUGUUCAUCGCUGCUUGGAUACAACUGGAGUGGAUGGUGUAAUGAGUGCCGAGGGAAAUUUGCAUAAUCCAGCGAUAUUCCGAGGCAUAUCUCCGCCUGUUUGGCAAAUGGCUAAGGAAUAUUUGGAGCUUGUUAAUCAGUAUCCCUGUCCCACUUCAUACAUUCGUGGACAUCUCUUCAAGCUGUUUCAUCAUAUCAUGAACAUAAACCAAAAUGCCGAGUUAAGAGAACAGUUGGCGACGGGAAACCAGAUGGAGCAAUUCCAUCAAGUUGUAGAUAAAGUGCAGUCAAAAUACGAGCCAUACCAAAAAGGAGAACUUAUUUAUACGCCAGAAGAAACAGAAUCACCUAGCGAUUCCGGACAAAAUUUGCUUUUACCACCUUGGCUGUGUCAACCAUAUAUACGCAUUUCCCCCGAGUCCCAUCGCCAAAAAAUAGCCGAAAAGGAACGCGAUGCCAUCGAUCCUAAUCGUACAAAACGCCAAUAUUUUGACAAAGAAGGCAACGAAAUCUCUCGCAAGCGGAUGAAAAAACUUCGACGACGUCAACGACGGCCAAGCAAGACAGAAGCUCAGAUUCAACUAAGGCACGAACGAAGGCUAGCUUACUGCAACGAAUGCUCCAAUCCUCAAGGGACGAAAUGUGAAUUUCACCUAUGUCGUGUCUGCUGUCGAGACAAAUGUUUCACGGAAAAUUGCGAUUGCCCCGGUCAUGGCAUACUGAUCAAGUCCCGACGCGCCAAGGCUAAGCGCUAUGAAGAACACCAUUCCAAUCAACAUCAGGAAGAAAAUAUUGAUUCUGGAGUGGCCACCGAGAAUCUGUAUUUCGAUUCCACGGUCAUAAACGAUGGUGCCGUUGCAGCUACUGAUAAUACUAUUUGAUAUUGGAUUUAGUGAAUUCAAGUAAAAUGCAAAAAGGUAGACAUGUUGUUGUUUGGUUGAUUGUAAAAUAAAAUACGGAGCAAAAUAAAAUGAAA